UUGGUCUUAAAAUGCACUGCUGCCGCCAGCGAAAAUGCAGCGCUGUUUUUAGUAGCAACCGCAUACACCAAAGUGUGUUCCAUUCCAAUUACCCCGGAAAUGAGGUAAAAUAUAUUAGCAUUUGGAGCAGGAGUAGACAGAGCGGAUUGAUAUCCGAUUCGCCAAGACGCAUUUAUGUGGCCUGAUGUAAAUGGAACAGUUUUAACAAAUCAGACUAUCGGAUCAGAGAAAACACAUGAAGUGACCAGGGGUAAAAAGGCCCUUACAGGAAGACGUCAGGGGCACAAAAGCAGCAGGUUGACACGCAGAUGUUGUGGCGCGCGGACGGAACUGCAGCCUGUGUGACGUUCACAUUAAACCCGGCGCAGUGACAACAAUGCUUUUUCAGACGACAUUGUGAUAGGACGUAUCGAAGGGUGGAGAGACGGUGAGCACAUUUCAUACCCAUAUUAAAUUCUCCUCCCGUUCGGAUCGACAGCUACAAGCAAAAUGAGCGGCUCUAGAGGUUUCCUCCGACUGCAGCGUUAUUAUUCCAGCGGACUGAGAGUCACGUAUCACAAAACACUGCACAGAAUCGAGCUCGUGCUUCCGCCUAAACUGAGACCUCUGUACAACCAUCCAGCAGGACCAAAGACAGUUUUCUUCUGGGCCCCUGUUUUUAAAUGGGGCUUGGUUUUUGCUGGUUUUUCUGAUAUGACACGUCCACCAGAAAAGCUGAGUUUAUCCCAGUCGUGUGUCAUCACAGCCACAGGCUUCAUUUGGUCACGCUACUGCCUGGUGAUCGUUCCCAGAAUCUGGGCACUCUUUGCAGUAAACUUCUUCUUGGGCUUAUGUGGCAGCAUCCAACUUCUGAGAAUCUGGAAAGAUGAAUCUCUCAGUCAUAGGUACAAUCAGCAGAAAGAAGAUGAAGUGCAACGGUCCUGAAGCUGAAAGGAACAGGAUUUACUGGAUGCCAAAAUGGAUGAAAUGAAACAGCGUGAAAUGUUAAAUGAACAGAGAAUUGUAACAAUAAAUGUUAUUUAAUUGCUUCAGUUUCUUACUGCAAACAUCAAUAAUCUAUAUUUUACAUAAUUAGACCAUUUAUUGCCUUAAUGCAUUAUUUGAUUUGAUGUAAGUCUUUAAUCACGAGUAUGGAGACCUGCACCAUUCAUUUAAGUUCUAGGUAAUGACUACAUGUUCUCAUAAAUUUGAAUUUUUAUAAUUAAAUAUUGCAAUGAUCUGUAUUGGCAAGUAAUGUAAAUGUGGUCAUAAAUUUCAUUGAACUCUGGCUCUCAGGAACACGUUUUGUAACCACGUAUUAAAGGUUCCUUUUAACACAGUAAUAAAAAUUCUGACUAUCACAAA